UCCCAACAUGGCGGCUGGGGCAGCUGCGGGCGUUGCAAGCUUCAGGAUUUAAGUAGCAGCAGAGGCCAACCCUUCCUUCUCUUCCCCCUCCCACGACAGAGACCCCGCACCGGCCUCGGACACGCCCCCUCCCCUCGUGCCUUCAUUCAUUCAUUCAUUCCUUCAUUCCAUCGGUUGUUCGGCUCCUGCCAGUACCCAGCCGCCAUGAGGGAAAAGGGCCGCAAGAAGAAGGGCAGGACCUGGGCAGAGGCCGCCAGGACGGUCCUAGAGAAAAAUCCUAACAGACCAAUGAGCCACAAAGAGAUUCUUCAGGUUAUCCAAAAAGAAGGGUUAAAAGAGAUUAGAAGUGGAACUUCUCCACUUGCAUGCCUGAAUGCUAUGCUGCACACCAACUCCCGUGGAGAUGAGGGAAUUUUCUAUAAGGUCCCUGGAAGGAUGGGGGUCUAUACACUGAAGAAAGAUGUUCCUGAUGGGCUGAAGGACUUGUCUGAAGGCUCAGAAGAAAGCAGUGAUAUACAGUCAGAUUCCCCCACCUCAGAAAGCAGCAGUAGCAGCAGCAGUGACCAGAAUAGCAGCAAGGAAGGAAGAAAAAGCAGGUGGCGAAGGAAAGUAUCAGCUAGACUUUCACAAGUGUCCUCCCCUCAGCCAGGCUGCCCAUCUCCUUCUAUCCCACCAGGUAAAGUCAUCUCUUCAUCUCAGAAGCACAGCAAAAAGGCACUUAAACAAGCCUUGAAGCAAAAGCAGCGGAAGCAGCAACAUUGCCGAACCAGUGUGCCUGUUUCAACUAAUCAUCACCUCCUACAGCAGCAUGUGAAGGUUGCCAACCAUUCUGCUCCUGCAAAAGCCGGUAUGAGGCCACCAGCCUGGGAAGGGAAACAAUCUGAUGGACAUUCAAGUAGCCCACAGAAUUCUACUUCUAGUUCCUCUCCCUCUGUUAAAACUGAGCCUUCCUUGCCAAUCCUUGGGAAGAAACCAUUCCAGAGAUCUGAGAGGCUCCAUGCAAGACAGCUGAAGAGGACAAAAUGUGCUGAAAUUGAUGUAGAAACCCCAGAAUCCAUCUUGGUGAACACCAAUCUGCGAGCUCUAAUCAACAAGCACACAUUCAUGGGGCUACCAGUUGAAUGUCAGCAGAAGCUGCUCUUGCUCCUGCCAGAGGUGGACAGGCAGAUUGGAUUGGAUGGCUUGAUGAAGCUUAGCAGUUCUGCCCUCAACAAUGAAUUCUUUAAUUCUGCUGCCCAAGGUUGGAAGGAGCGGCUGUCGGAAGGGGAGUUCACUCCAGAGAUGCAGCUAAGACUUCGGCAGGAACUAGAAAAGGAGAAGAAAGUGGAACUUUGGAAAGAGCAUUUCUUUGAGAGCUAUUAUGGUCAGAGUUCUGGGCUAAGCCUUGAAGAGUCCAAGCAAUUGACAUCUUCUAUCCUUACUGUUCAGAAUCAAGCACAGGCUGGGAAUCUAGCAGCUCAGUUGCAGAAAUGCACAGUAGUCCAUAAAGCAGCACCCGACAAAGAACAGGCCAAUUCUCUAGUGGGUCCAAAAGUACAGGUCCUCCCAGCGGUAACAGCAGCUGCUAAAGGAGAGGAGAUUGAGCAGCCCAAGGCCUUGAAGCCAGAAGAGCUUGUAAAUUCUUCUGACAGCAGUGCCUCCUCCCAGUUUAGCAGCCAGAUUCCUCAGACGCUUUCUAAGACAGUUGAGGAGCCAGAAGGGGUGACACCACAUCUUGCCUGCCUGGAGUCCCUGGUGAGACAAAAUCCAAGCAAACCAAAGAAUGCAGCUAUUGUCGGCACUAAACCAAGCCCAGAAGUAGAAUCUCAGGAGAAUUCUGCAAAGGAGGCUCCUGCCACUGGCACAGAACAAAUGGACACCGGAAGUCGGGCUUUCAAGAGAAAAUCAGAGAUUCCUGAAGAAGCACUGAUGACACCCGAAAAACAGCUCCAUGUGACGGAGAAGUGCCCCACCAGGCCGCCUUUUCAAGGCCCACCGCAGUGCUUUCCCAUCGCGCCCAUGCCAAAAGUCCCUCCGCUCAGGAUCCAAGUCUCCAGGAUCCAAGGAUCUCCAGCAUUACUAUCUCCUAGCCAGGUCUCUCCCAGGCCCCCCUUCCCAAUCAUCAGGAGAACAGGGGCCAGAACUCUGGCCGACAUCAAAGCCAGGGCUAGGAUGGCCAGGGCCCAGCGAGCAGCUGCUGCUGCCGAAGCAGCCACAGCAGCCUCCAUUGCUGCUGCUGCUGCCUCCAUUGUGGAAGCCAUCCCGGGCCCAGGGCCAGGAGGGGGGAAAGGAGAUGACAGGAGCAGUCCACCCUCAGGGAGGCCUCAUGGAGCUACAUUGGACAUGGCAGGCUCUGGAAGCAGGACAAGUCCAAGAAGGUUUUUGCCCUCUUGUCCAGCCCCUUUCUCCCCAGCAGACUCCCCAGCUCCAGAACCAGCAGCCCCAAGCAGUGCUGCUAGAGCACAGCUACAGCCGGCUCCCCCAGCACAAUCCAGAACUGCAAGCAGCAACCCAGGCCUGGAGGCUACGUCAGUCUCACAACCAGCAAUAGGGAAUGUCAGCUGUACAAAUCCCAGACUUUUGACUGUGCCUGCCACUCAGGAUGUCACAGCUUCUUUGGGCUCAACGACGGAUCUUGCUUCAGUGAUGGAAAAACUUAGAAAUAACCCUCUUGCUCUUAACCAGGUCACAAGAACACCCUGUGGCUUUGAGACUGGAAUGAACUGCAAAAGUAUAUCCAAAACAGCUUCUGCUGCCCACACAGGUGUUUCAGAAGACAAAGACAAUGCCUUGCUUUCUGCAUCUUUGGUGUCGGCUGUACCCUUCAAGGCACCCCCUCCUCUUUCUUCUCAGGCUGGCACUGUGCCCGUGUCCACCUUUUCUUCUUCUUCCCAUAACACUUUGUUGGUAGCCCACAGCCCUAAACUCCCCCCAGGCUCCUCAGGUUCAAGUGGAAGUACUUCUGUAGUAAAGGCCAGCUCCAGCAUUCCUGCUAAUAAUCCCCUGGUUGCUCAGCUGCUGCAAGGUAAAGAAGUUCCAAUGGAGCAGAUCCUCCCAAAGCCCCUGACAAGAGUUGAGAUUAAGACUCUUACACUGCCUGUGAAGGAAGGCAAAGAGACCACAAUUGUUUCCAGGCCUGGUCCUCCAAGGGAAGGGGAAGGGCAGCUGCUCAUCACCUUCCCAGCAAGUGGGAAGCCAAGCCUCAGCCAUUGUGGACAGUCCCAAGAUCCUCCACCCUUAUGUUCUUUACCAGGGCAGGACUUGUGGAGCAAACCUACAGACCUGUACAGCAGCCAGGAAACUUCAGGCAGGAGUGCCCAGGAACAUAUUCUCCAGACUGUCAUGCAGAAAGUCCCCAUGCAAAGCCUCCCUCCUGCCCCUUCUCCCCCUCCAUGUCUUCCCCUCCUCCCCUCACACUUCCCAUUAGAGAGUAGCUCCACCAGCCAAAGUUUCACACUGGGCUUCAUAGGGAGAAGGACAUUCAAGCCUGCCAUGUCUGGCCAUUACCUCCUGAAUGUUUCUACCUAUGGACGCUGCCCCGAGAACCUACGAAGAAACCUUGCCCUGCCCCCAGAGAGCCAUCUGCGCUCAGAUGGGCCCCUGGUGAAAUUUGAGGAACAGGAGCAAACAUCUAGAGAUGACAGUGACAGCAGCAGUGGCGAAGAUGAAGGAGACACAGAUGGUGAUGUGACUGAAGAUGAAGCAGCACAUCUCAAGGUUAAAGAGGAAUCUUUGGCUCAUGAAGGAGGAGGAGGAAGAGGAAGACAGGCAGCUCCCAAUGUAAAACUGGAGCAGGCAGGAGUAAGCCACAAAGAAGGAAGUAUUCGCCUAUUCUCAGCAGGUCAAGAUUAUGCUGAAAGCAGCUCAGCAAAAUAUUUUAUUCAGGCAGCCCAGGAACAAGUGGCCCAGGCAGUUAGAGGAGAAAUGAGACCUUGCAGUAGGGAGCUUCAGACUGGUGCUCCAGCAAAUGCCAUCCCACAGCGGCCCCUACUGCUAUCACCCUCACCCUCUCCUCAGCUCUUUGGAAACCCUGCUCCUGCACAGCUUGUUGGACCAGGCUACAGUGGCACGAUUAAUGUUUCCACUUCUCCAGACAUGCAUCAAGAAACUCUUCUGACUGGACUAUCAGACCCCAGCCGCAUGGGGGAUGUAGUGUCCUUCUCUGUAACUGUGACAGCCAUCCCUGCUAGCCAGUCAGCAAAUACUGGUAGCCAUGGGCAAUCCCUCCGUGGCCAGGCUUUUGCAGAAGAUGGUGGCUUGGAGGACUUGCCCUCUAAGUGCUACUGUCGCUUGAAAGCCAUGAUUGUGUGCAAGGGUUGCGGGGCCUUCUGUCAUGAUGACUGUAUUGGCCCCUCCAAACUCUGUGUUUCCUGCCUUGUUGUGCGGUAGCAGGUUUGCUAGAUGGCACUUCAUCUAGGGAGCAGGAGGGGCAUGCUGCUGAGUCAAGAGUCCCACUCCACCCCACUCCACAUCUACUUUGUUUCCUCGAGAAUGAAGAAAGCACCUUGGAUGAAUGGCUGAACCAGUGGGACAAGUGUGUGCACUUAAGGAAUCAUGUAAAUACGUUGCAUUGUUUUGUCUUAAUGAUUAUUUUUUCCAACCUCAAGAUAAAUCUAUGGAUGUGAACUUCAUGUUCAUUUUGCCUCUUGUCCUACAGUAGCAGAACUCGGGCCCAGUAAGUCCCUCUUCACAAUCAAUGCCUCUGUUUCCCAUCUGGCUGCCAUCCUGGCCUUCAUGUUUUUCUUUUGAAAGGACUUGCCAAAUGUCCUAAUGAAACAUAGCAGCUGAGACUUAUACAUCAGCAGCCCUAAGCAACAGGAGCAUCAAAAGGUGGGCAGUUAGCCUACCACACAGUUGAAUUUGGUAGUGUUGCUGUUUAGUCUAAAGAAAAAUUUAAUCACCCUGAGGAGAGGCAGAGGUAGUUUUCUUCAGAUCAUCAGGAUUUGCAGGGCAGAAUGGGGUUUGGUGGGGAUGGUCAGUUUAUAGCUUUGAAUUAUUCAGUGGCAGCAAUGAUGAUUUCCAUUUCCAACCCUUACAAGAAUGGGUAUGCUAUGGCCUUUGAAUUUUAGUCAAGAUGCAGCAGCAUAGACAAACUCCUUUGGUCCCAGUCUCCAGAUAAUUUAUUUUUCCAGAAGAAAAAUGUCUCAUUGAGGUAAAUGCUAUAGAACAGGGCAGGAGAAAUGCUUCAGGUUUUUUAACAUCAGGCCAUAAUUUUGAGUCAGCUAGUCAGCUUCUGGAGUAAGCCCUGACUCUUGAAUAAUUGAAGAUUUCAAGCUGGAAAAGAUAGUGAGGGCUCAUUAUUCCUUUGUGUAUAUUCUGCAGUUGCACCCUAACGGUGUGGAGUAUUAUAUUUAGAGGCAGAAUUGAUCCUGCUCAGAAUCAGCAUGUUUAAAAAAAAAAAAAAAAGUUUCUCAACACGGCUUUCCCUUAUAGAAGGAUGGGUAUUUCCUUGGAAGUAAUCUGUAGGAAGCAAUGUCAGUGAUGGAUGGAACUUAAACAUUCAGGAUGGAACCUGAGGCAAACAAAAUUAGUGCUACUCUUUUUGACACCUUAUUUUCUGUUUGCCAUCCCCUCUCCCUCCCCCACCCCUAUUCACUUUUAUUUUACCAGAGACUCAAACUAAUUGCUUAUAAAGAUUACACAGUAAUCAGGUUUCAUGCUCCUGAUUUAUUGAACAUACAGAGCUGCCUUGUGCUCUUUGUCAGGCUUGCCAGGGUUGUGCCAAGAUAGCUCUCAAAGUAUGGAAGGAUUUCCUAUGUCUCCUUCCACUCUUAAGACCACUAGGAACAGACUAAAUUAUGGAGGUUUGAUGAAGCCAGCAUAAUUUAUUCCAGCUCUAGAUUUCACUUUUUGUGAGGUUGAUUUAUAAUGAGUAAGAGAUACUUAGAGACCUCUGCAGCUCUGUUCAAUGUCUCCACUGUAGUUUGGUAGCAUAACUACAAAACUGUACAUGGCAAUUUGGGCCCCAGUCCCCAGUUAAUGUGCAGGUUUUUAGAUGAAGUAUCACCGUUUGAGUAACAGGAAAAGCUAUAAGAGAUAAAUGAAGAGAAGAACAAUGGUUUAGAAGGAUUAUAAUAGGUACAGCAUUUCCCCUUUGCUAAGAUAAGAUAAGAGCAGGAAAAGAUGGUUCAGCCAAGGCACACCCUCUCCUUGCAAGUUGAACUAUAUCAUUCCAGUUUCCAUCCUUCAUCUUAGAUAAAGGCUGAUACUGUUGUUUGUGGCCUGAGACAGUUUCAUCUUUUGAAAAAUGUGUAUCAGCUGUAUUUUGAACAAAUUAGAGUUGCUUGGAGGAAAGCCAAGGGCUCCAUUACCCAUUUCGGCAAGCAUUGCCCGUUUCUAUUACUCAUCUCAUCAUGGGAAUACCACACUGCAAUGAGUGCUACAGGAAUUUAAUCAUUUUUCCUCAUGAUUUUAAGUCAUGAUCUGGCCUCCUGUUUUUAAUAAUGGUCUGCCAGAUACUUCUCAGCAGCUUCUUGGUAGGGUAUGGACGUCACAUCUCUUUCCAGUUGUGUGUGCCCUAACAACUGCAACUCUUGGUAGGCCUAUUCUUUUCCCUGAAUUUGUAUUAUCUCUUGAAGAAGGCAUCAAAGGCAGUAUCACAUCUUGUAUCGGUCAAUUCUGUAAUUUAGCCAUGUAUUCUUUUGCUUGUUCUAAAUCUACAGUAUUUAUACAGUACUAUCAGUAUACAUUGUGCUUUAUAGAAUUACAUAGGUAAAAGAGUGGUCAACAUCCACAGGAAGCAUAUAUUUUAAUAGAAUCAACAAGUAAGAACUAGGAAGAGAGAAGAAUUUAGGUAAAUUCAAUUAUGAUACUUCUUUACAUUAAGAAUCAAAGUAAAUAAGUUAAAGAUGGCAUGAAUUUCUAGUGCUUACACUUUUCUUUACCUACUUUAUUCAUGCAAUUCAUAAUUAUAUAAACUGGUAUCCUCAUCCUUUAGCUGUUUUUUUUCCCUAAGAAAACAAGUCUAUAUUUUUAGGAUUUCACUGGCAAGAGGUUAACUCUAGCCUUUUGUCCUUUAGCUGUCUAGUCAGCAGCUUUUCCUGGCAUCCAGAUGAGGGCACACUAAAUUGUCAUGGACCUAGCUUUCAUUUCAGACCUUUUCCUAAAGUGAAAUUAGCUUCUUUUCAUAUUUGAUGUACAGAUUUUGCAUUUUCAUAAAGCUAUCAACCAUGACUUCAAGAUAAUUUUUCCACCUAGGUCCUAUCAGAUUCUGUAACUCUGCUGUGGAAGGGUUGUGUUAAUUAUUAUUUUUUGCUUUAAGCCUCCAGUCAUUCUUUAGCUCUUUACAGCUGAAUUUUUUAUCUCCUGAAUUUUUUGGUGUUACCUAAAAACUUGAGCAAUUUACUGUUCAGCCAUAACUAAUCAGGGAAACAAAUACAGAUUAUAUAAGAACAUACUAAAAAGCACAGACCCUGGGGAAUUCCCUUAUUCAUAUUCCUCAGAUUUGUUUAUACCUACUCUCCACUUCCUGCUCUUUCACCAAAUAUUAAUCCACUAACAAGAUCUUACUCAUAAUUAUUGACUUCGUUCAGCCUUUCAGUUUAAAAUGCAGAAGAUCUCUGGUAUCCAUAUACUGAUGCUUUUCAACACUCCAAAAGAUUAGUGAAAUGAACUUUCUUCUGCAGAAACCAUGCUUAUUCUUCCUCAGCAAUUAUUAUGUGUAGUAGUAAAAACUUUUGUAAUUAACUGGAGGAAAAUGUUAGGUGACUGUUUUCUUUUCUGAUCUUUUUUUUUUAAUACAAUGAUGUUGCUUUGGCUACCUUUUCAUGUUCUAUUAAGGAGGCUGAGUUCAGUAAUGAUUUGCUAUGUCACUAAAGUUUUAUUGUGAUGGAUCAGUGGACUAAUAGUUAGCCCCUGCCUUCCAAAUCUCUCCUAACAGUAUCCAACCAGUUCUGGCUUUUUAAUCCAAUUUCUGUUGGAGCCUUCACUCGGAGCUAAACACACUGCAACUGAAUUAUUUAUUCCAUUGUCGUUCUACCUUCCAAGUAGUGAAUGUUCAUUUUUUGAGAUUGUCCUGUUACCAACAUCUCAAAUUUCUACCAUACUUGAGAAUCACAUCAAAGGGGCAGUUAUAUAACUAAAAUGGGCUUACUGGUUCCCAUUGAGUUUUAUAGAAUACAAGUGAGUGGUCAAACUAUGAUUCUUGCCUCAUGUAUUAGCAUAAUUAAUGGAAGAUUUGUCCCCUCCCAUUCACAAUGGUGCCUCAGAUUUUUUCUCCUUUCUCCUUCAGAAUUGAUUAGUAGCCAUUAACUCCCGCAGGGAAGAACAGAAUGUUUCUCUUAGGGGGCAGAAUUUUGAUAGUAGUAGUGUUCAUGUGCCUGAGGAGUAAAUUCUCCAGCAUCCUUCAGCAGGGACAUUUUACCAUAAAGCAGGCAGAAGCACAUUUCAUACUUGCAGCCCUAGGCUCAUGUAUCACAGUGAGUUUACUUUUAACUUAAGAUAAUUUAUAUACCAUUAUAAAGACUCUGAACAAUGUUCAGAAAAAUCUGACAUAAAAGUUACCUUCUAUAGUACACUGUCAUUACAGUGACAGUCAUUCCUUCACUAAGCAGAAAGAUGAUCAAAGGCCCAAUUAAAAAGGAAGGCCUUGGGAGAUUCCCAAAACACCAAGAGUGAGCAGGCCAAGCACAUCUCCAAGGGCAACCUGUUCAACAGGAUGGGGGCUGCCACAGAAAAGGCCUGGGCUAUAUCCAUCUGUCUUCAUAUGGGUGUGAUCUUAAGGAGGAGCUCCUUUGAUCUGACAAACAGAGAAAAUUUUGGAUAAGGGGGUCCCUGAGACAGCCCAGUGAUCCACUGGAUUAAGGGCCUCUUACUGAUAACAAAUUACAAACAUAAGGCUGGCUAGAAGAUAGCUAGAAAAUUUGUAAGAGGACAGAUUAGCUGUUAAAAUAAACAUAAUUGCACCUAAGGCUGUGUGAAAAGCCAAGAACCACAACUUCUCUCUAGGUUCCAAAGUUCUGAAUGAGGACUGUAAUUCUUGCCAAUGGUUUCCCGUAGUUAGAUCCAACAUUACUGCCAUGUAAAAGGGUUUUAAGCAUCUUCCAUGGCUUAUCUUGUGGCUAAUGAUUGUUUUGCAGAAAGGGGCAUGGAAGAGCAGAUUAUAAUCACCCUCCCCUUAGUUUAUCAGAGGGUGCUAUGUCAGCUGAAUGGAGCAACACUGAGAAAAGUUUAUAUUGAUUCAGCCACCUCACUCAAGCCAAGCAAUAUUCAGCUGAUGGAAAGAGAAAGCCUUCUCUUUUGGCUAAAAUAAGGGUAAAGCUGUUGCUGCAUCUACUUUCACUUUUCAUCCUCAUGCAGUUGCUAGAGCAGGAUGGAUCUGCCUGUCUGCUAUAAAAUAACUCAGUCUGCCCUUGAGCCAAAAGGGCAUGACAUAACAUGACUCUUAAAUUUCUCUUGGCUGAAACACCAUGCGUACUUGGUUGUAUCUUUAUGAGUGGGGCUUACAGGGCCUGAGACACAGAGCCUUGAGUAUUCAACAGUUAAAUGGGACAUCUGUGCCCUUGGCCUUGUUGGUUGGCGAUAAUUGAAGUGAUCAGCAUAUUUGGAGAGCGCUGGAUUGGGUAAAUCUGGAAAGUUCUGCAUAAUCCUUUCGAAACUGAACAGAAACAGUGAAUUGAAUCUUCUGGGCUAUAUCUGACAUCUGUAACAGCAUCUGAUAUCCUCUUUCUAUGAAACUUGCUUCCUUCCUUCCUCCCUUCCUUAUAGUAAGCAGAUAUUUGUGAUGAUUCUGGGCAUAGGAAAUAUUCUAUAUUGGUAAGUGUUUUCUUAAGUAGAACUACAAAGGAAUUUAUACAUGUGUACUCAAGUGGAAGUUCAAGUAGAAAACCAAACGGAGUGUUUUCUGGUCAACAGAAAGUCCAUGCAAAACAAAUUUGCACUUAAGUGCUUUUUGAAAGGGUACUUGGAUGAAGUGCAAGGAAUUUGAACAAUGCUCCUAACAGCUGAAGCAUGGAACUUGGCUGUAAACCCUACUGAUACAUGCAAGGUUAAAAUAGAAGGUGGGAGCAGCCUUGAUUCUCAAAGAAGUUGAGGUGGGAUUUCUAGAUGGGUAAUUAUAAGCUUAGCAGGCCAUGCUUUCUAGCUGGCCCAUUAAAUUGCACUACAGAUGGCUGUUGUCUGUGUUACCAGUUCUUUAAUUUCAUCCUCCGAUUAUAAGCCCUUGGGACACGGAGGCAUCAUUUUUAUUGAAUUAAGAUGAUUUAAUGAUGCAACUUGUGCUGGAAUUGUGGAGUGAAUCAGCUAUCACUCAACAUAUAGUCACCCCAAAUUAACACCCUGGCAAACAUUUGGGUUUAUAGUUCAAUUUGAGAAAGAAAAGUCUAUGUGCCUGUGAAUUGCAGUGUACACUACAUCUUUCUCUUCUGGUGUCAGGUACUGCAGCUUUUAGAAGCCAUUAAAAAUGCCCAGGUAGUUUGUAUUUUCUGUCAUUUGUAUUUUGGGUACAAACCACAAGACCAUUUUUCAUAUUCCAUCAGUAGGCCACUUUGCUUGCUGCAGUAUUACUUUUAUCAGACCAAUGAUGUGUGUUUAUUUUGAGUCUGGUGGAGCUGGGAUCUUUUGUAAGAAUGCAAAGAAUGAAAUUGAAGCAUUUGACCUGUCUUCUGUGUGAUCAAUCACUGUACUGUGUUUUCAGUGCUUUUUCACCAAUGAGAAAAACAAGUUGGGACAGUAUUUUCCUCAGUGCAGGCAGGGUCCAUUACUGUGUAAAUGUGCAUCAUCUGGUACCCGCAGUCCAUUGCUGACCCCAGCUUUGAGGUAUGGCACUAGGGAGGGGCCAGAUUGGCAGCAUAAAUGAGUUGCAGGAGCCUGGUGGCCACCAAGUAUCUUCAUCUCUGUCAAGGUUCAUUUUUCAAAACUGGUGUUAAAGCUGAAGUUAAAGUGUAUGUGUGUUUCUGUGUGUGUGUGUGAGAGAGAGAGUUUGCCAAGGUAGAAGGCACUCUCUUUCUGUUAGAAUGACUGAAGAUAAGACACUUCUCUGACUUCCACAUUGUAUCCUGCAGGAAUGAAACUACACAUAGCCAUUUAGGUAAAUUAAGAGAUUGUGGCAGGGAGAAUAUUCUUUUUUCCUUCUUUCUUCCCCCCCCCCAUGCAAUACAUUUGAUAUGAUUGAAAAUCAAUUUAAGAGCUUAUAAGUAAUAUAUUUUAAUUAAUAUAUAUUUUAGUACCUCUACUUCAAGAAUGAUGAAAGGUUUGUGAAAUUGGUGUGUGUAUGUGUGUAUUUGCAAUUUUGAACAUGUUUUUCCCCCUAGCAGGGGACCUGGUAAGCACCCAGGUUGCAAUAAAAAUUGAAGAACAACUGUAAAAAAAAAAAAAAGUU